AUGGGAUGUCGGCAAAGCUCUGAGGAGAAAGAGGCAGCGCGGCGGUCCCGUAGGAUUGACCGCCACCUGCGCUCUGAAAGUCAGAGGCAGCGAAGAGAGAUUAAGCUCCUUCUCCUGGGUACCAGCAAUUCUGGGAAGAGUACUAUUGUAAAGCAGAUGAAAAUAAUUCAUAGUGGUGGCUUUAACUUGGAGGCUUGCAAGGAAUACAAACCUCUGAUUAUCUAUAAUGCAAUUGACUCCCUCACACGUAUCAUUCGGGCUCUGGCCACCCUUAAGAUAGAAUUUCACAAUCCUGACAGAGCAUAUGAUGCUGUGCAGCUUUUUGCCCUGACAGGCCCAGCUGAGAGCAAAGGUGAGAUUACCCCUGAGCUUCUGGGAGUCAUGAAACGGCUCUGGGCAGACCCUGGUGUGCAGGAGUGUUUUUGCCGCUCCAAUGAGUACCACCUAGAGGAUAAUGCUGCAUACUACUUAAACGACCUAGAAAGGAUUGCAGCACUGGACUACAUCCCUACAGUGGAAGAUAUUCUGCGUUCUCGGGACAUGACCACAGGGAUUGUAGAAAAUAAAUUCACCUUCAAAGAGCUGACUUUCAAAAUGGUGGACGUGGGUGGACAGAGAUCUGAACGCAAAAAAUGGAUCCACUGUUUCGAGGGGGUUACAGCAAUAAUUUUCUGUGUGGAGCUGAGUGGAUAUGACUUGAAGCUGUAUGAAGAUAACCAAACAAGUCGAAUGGCAGAAAGUUUGCGUCUCUUUGAUUCCAUCUGCAACAACAACUGGUUUAUCAACACUUCCCUCAUCCUUUUUUUGAAUAAGAAAGAUCUGCUGGCAGAAAAAAUCCGACGCAUCCCCUUAACAGUCUGCUUUCCUGAAUACAAAGGCCAAAACACUUAUGAGGAGGCAGCAGUCUACAUUCAACGCCAGUUCGAGGACUUGAAUCGCAACAAGGAGACGAAGGAGAUCUACUCACAUUUCACCUGCGCCACUGAUACCAGUAACAUACAAUUUGUCUUUGAUGCAGUGACAGAUGUCAUCAUUCAGAACAAUCUCAAAUAUAUUGGCCUCUGCUAA